CCAGAGCCACAGGCCUUAACAGGCUCGCGCGUGCAUGCAUGCGCGCGCACGGCACAUGCGCACAUGCCCUUGCUCGCACAGACCUCCAAGCUCCACUGGGGCAGCCCCUGGACUGGUCCCCAACGUUGAUGGGGAACCGCAGCUGCCCUCCCCCUCCCGCCCCCACGGGUGCCUUCCUCCUUCCUCUUUCUACUACUGUUCUGCCCUUUCCCAGGCGGCUUCCUUAUAGGUCUCAGGUUCCCCUCCGAGGCUUUGAGGUCUGGGCUGCCCUGGAGGACAUGGCAAGGGGCCCUGACAACGUGCGGAAAUGGUCAACCCUGGCGCUGCUGGCCAUCAUGGGCACAGCUCUGACAGAGGCCAUCAACCCUGGUUUCGUGGCCAUAAUCUCCCAGAAGGGUCUGGACUUCGCUUGCCAGGAGGGUGUGGCAGUGUUGCAGAAGGACCUAGAAGGUAUCAAAGUUCCCGAUUUCUCUGGAGUCUUUAAGGUGAAGCACCUGGGAAGAAAUUACUAUAAAUUCUACAGUAUGGCUGUGGUUGGAUUUUAUAUUCCUAAUCCCCAGAUCAAUCUGCAGCCCGUUGAUAGUCUCCAGCUGUCCAUCAAGGAUGCCAGCAUCGAGAUCAUUGGAAAAUGGACAUCAAAGAAGAACCUCUUAAAAGCCGGUGGCAAGUUUAGCCUACGUAUCCAAGGUGUCUCCAUCUCCGCUGACCUGAAGCUGUUCAGGAACCCCUCAGGCCACAUCGCUGUUGAGUGUUCCACCUGCAGCAGUCACAUUGACAGUGUCCAUGUCCAAAUCUCAGGCAGCAUGCUGGGGUGGCUGAUCCAGCUAUUCCACAAGAAUAUCGAGGCUUCCCUGAGAAACAUCAUUUAUUCAAAGGUCUGCAAGAUCGUGACAAACUCUGUGACCACCAAGCUGCAUCCUUAUGUCCAGACUCUUCCAGUGAUAGCUAGAGUGGAUGAAGCGGCCGCGAUUGACUACAGUUUGCUGGUCGUGACAACCACAUCUGAGUUCCUGAAGGGGCAGCUAAAGGGGGAAUUUUUCUGUCAGGGACACCGCAUCCCACUUCCUAUUACCCCACCAGCAAUGAAUUUUUUUUCCAACAAUGACCACAUGGUGCACCUGGGCAUCUCCGACUACUUCUUUAACAGCGCAGGAUUUGCAUAUCAUGAGUGUGGGAUCUUGAAGAUAACCCUGAGGGACCAUAUGUUGCCAACAGAUUCCAAAUUCCGCCUGAACACUGAGUUCCUUGGGAUCUUCCUGCCUAAGGUGGCCAUGAAGUUUCCCAGCACAGAGGUGCAGCUCCUCAUCUCAGCCUCUUUGCCUCCACAACUGAGCAUACAGCCCUCAGGCCUCUUGCUGGACCCUGCCAUGGAGACCCAGGCCUUUGCCGUGCUCCCCAACGCCUCCCUGGUCCCUCUUUUCCUGCUUCGCAUGGUAAGCUGGAACACAAACGCCUCUUUGGAACUGGACGCUGAAGCAAACAGACUCGUUGGAGAGAUGAAGCUAGAAAAGCUGACAUUGGAACUGAAGCACUCUGAUUUUGGCUUCUUUGAGGUGGAGUUGCUACAGGCUGCCAUAAACUACCUCGUGCCCAUAAUGGUGCUGCCCAAGAUCAAUGAGAGGCUGCGUAAAGGCAUUCCUCUCCCUUUGCCUGCUGGGGUCCAGCUCAACAACCUCAUGUUUCAGUCCUACCAGAAUUUCCUGGUGCUUGGAGCAGAUAUCCACCGGAUCUGAGCGAUCACCGCAGGCCCUGGGCCUGGGAGCUCUGCAGG